AUGAUGCUUGGUAAGCGAUUUGACCUGAUGGCUGUUAAGGGAUAUGACCGCUCGCUUUCUAGGAAGUCUAUCAAGAGGGCGUUACGUGAAAAGUUCUCUUCAUGUGGAGAGGUCUCGCAGGUGGAGUUAUAUGCCCAUAAAAGAAACCGUGAGUCUGCAUUCGCCUGCUUUUUCAUUAGUGGACAAGGCGCAAAGGAGAAGGCCCUGCAACUUAAUGGAAGUGACAUGGGAGGCUUCAAACUUGUUGUUGAAUACGCCUAUCGUUCCAAACCACACAGACGCCGGGAUAUCCCCAUUGGCCUUCCUCCUCUCAGAGAGCGUCUUUCCGACCCUAACUGGAGGGAGAAGUAUUAUAGCCGUUACCGUACCCGUUCCCGUCUCUGUAACGUGGAGAAGAAGAAAGAAGAAUAA